ACUUACUCGUGCCCCAGCUUUCGUCAACGUCUGUUUAACACCACCAUUUAUGGCUUUAUCGUUAUCAAGUGUUGACAAACUAACAAUGCAUUUAUUAAAAUAAAUAUCAAAAUGACAAUCAAGUGAUGUGAUAUAUCAAAUAAAUACUUGAAGGAAGUGGAAAAAUCAAUCCAGUUAGCUACUUACAACUGUUAAUUCUUGACAACAUUUAAAAGGACACGCCUGACGAUGGAUUACGUUGAUGAAGAUUCAAUAAGUUAUAAAAACGAGUGGAGAAUAACCGGAAGUGCUGAUUAAGAAGCGAAAAAUAAAGAAGAAGUGAUUGAAAGAAGAGACUGAUUAGACUCAAUGAAAGCAAAUAAACAUAAUGAAAAAAUCAUCAGGGAUGUCAAAAGUACGUCCAAAGACGGAAGUAUCAAGCUGCGUAAGUCGUCGUCGGCGUCGUCGUAUUAGUAGAAGUAAUGAUGCACAGACUGGCGCCUCCAUGAUCGCCUGUCAGUGAUUGCUCGAGGGGAAAAGACGAAAGUAAAUAACAGGGGACGUUAGAGAAAAGGACGAAGACCACGACGGAGACGAGAGGGUGGAAGUGGGCCAGAAGAAGGGUGAAAGGCUCACGCAGAAAAUCGUCAAGCGAUGAGCGAUUUACAGGCCACCCUCGAGUUCUCCCUCGAGCUUUGCAAGUUCUACAAUGUUGAUCUCUUUCAACGCGGGUUCUAUCAAAUUCGUACAGCCCUUAGGGUAUCUCCGAAACUGCCUAUUAAAGUGGAAGUAGACCAACUUCGUAAUCCAGACAAGCGUUCAUUAGACAACAUGGAAGCACCAGGAACAAGCAAACGCUUUCAAAUCCUCUACAGAAAUGAAGAGGUAACUUUAGGAACUUCGGUCCUCUUUCGUGCUCACGUACUUGUACAUAGUCACAAGAUCGAAGAAGCGCUUUCCCGAACUCACUUCAAUCUUGGAGUCGAGCUCUGGUUCAGCGAACCCACCCAACCAGGAAAUAUGGCUUGUGUAUCAUCUAGAGCAUUGCAGUUAAAUUUUGUACCAACUAAGGGGCUUCACUAUCACUUACCAGUACUUUUUGACUACUUCCACCUCGCAGCAGUGUCCAUAACGAUCCAUGCCUGUCUUGUAGCUCUUCAUCAACCAUUCGUAAAAAAAAGUAUUCUUCACUACGUCCAAAGCUGUGCUCCAAGAAGUGGAAAACCAUGGCUUCAGUUCAAACAACCACCUUCUAAUGGAGACAAUAACGCAUUUUUAAACAUCGAAACGACAACACGAUGUGUUGGUUCAACAACAAGAAUACAACAUGCAAGAGUCAUCCAAAAAGAAGUUACAAGACUUUUAUUAACCGCUCGAGAGAAUCUCCUCAACGACCUGGCAGAUCUUGCUCAACUAUUGCCGUCAUGGGAACAACGAGAUCUUGAGAUCGCUGAGAGAAAACAUAAGGAAGCCACAAAACUGAUAGAUUCUGAAGAAGUAGAUAUUGCUCAACUUUGUGCACAAAAUAUUGUGCUUUGGAAUAUUUUCUUAGAAGCAUUUACGAGACAAGAGGCUGUUCAUCAACAUUUAGCCAGAAUCCAUCAUCAAUUAAGGGUAAAACGUUUUGCCGAAGGAUUUUUUGUAUUGGAAAAUCCCAGAACAUCCGCAGCUGGUUGCUAUGAUGCCAAUUAUCAAUCUUAUCAGGCAGUAAGUGAAGCCGCACGACGAUCACGUUACCUAGCAUCACUUCCUCCUCUUCCAGUUCAUUGUCCCGAACUAGAUGGAGAUCUUAACACGUUGCCACUCAUUUUUGAGGACCAGUAUGCCGAUAUGCAACUGAGACAUCGAAAUAGUGUUCCUAGCAUGGAAGACUGCAGCUGUGGUAUGUCAGCAGUUUUAGAAUCACGAACAUCAAACGUAUGGUCACCUAGAAGUGAAGGAGCUGCUCAAGACAUCGCUUCGAUCCAAGCUCGACUAUCUCUAGCACCUUCAUCGCUUCCUGCACGGCACAGUAAAUCCUUAGACCAACUGGGACCAGAAAUAGCACCCUUACAGCCACGAACAUCCCCCAAAACAUUACCAAGGUCCGCUUCAACGCAAUUGUUUCCCCGACAAAGAAUUGGAGGUAGAAAUCCAACACCACCAACGCUUGUGCCAUCUAAAGGACGAUCUAGAUCACAAGCACCACUUCUUACUGCCAGGAGCACAACACUGUUUCCUUCGGGUCAGCAGCAGGCUUUCUCCGCACCGAAUCCGUCUCUAGGAUCAACUCCAGUAGCAACACUUCCACGAGCAAAGUCGACCCAAAUGUUAGUUCCAGACUCUUGUCGGCAACAUCACGAUUUCGAUGGACGAUCAUCAACAUCAAUAACAUCACUUCUAGCAGCUAUGUUCCCAGAAUUACCACCAAAUGGACACUUUCCUGGCUACAGACCAGCUAAAUCUUGUGAUCAAUCUCUAAGUAUUCCACCUUGCAUUGGAACAUUCGAUUUAAACCAACUGUCUUCCACCUUUAGUACUAAAGAGAACCAUUCAUUAGACUCUAGAAGAAUACGGCUAGAGCCUCGGAGCCAUCGAUUAUUUUCUCGAGAAAGUGGUGAAAAAUCAUUUCAUAUGAAAAAUGGUGACACUGAUCCUCAAAACUUACGAACCGCAACUCUAGACCGAGUAACUUAUCGUGGCAACCAUCGCAAACAUGGUCACAUAUCCGCAGGAAAGUGUCAAAAUAAUAGUACUGACUGUCGACGUUAUCAUACUUUAGGGAAAGCUACAGGAAGUCAUCAAAAUCGAGUGAAAUCGGCAGAUUUUUUAGACUCGGCAAAUGGAAUCGCUGAAAUGGCUCAAAGUCACUCAAUUUUAGUUGAUCCUUUAAAUAAAAGAUUUUCCGGAGCUUAUAAUGGACUGACAGUUGAUUCUUUCUUUUAUCGGACGAAUGGAUCUAGUGGAAAAACUGCUGAUUUUCGACCGAAAAGGCCAAAAAGUACUGAACGACUUUUCGAUGUUGACCAUUCAAUGGAUUGUUGUAAAGAAUCUCAAGAUAUAUAUGAGAAAAAAAUAACACGAUGGCGUAAUGAAGAAAAAUCGAAAAAACAUGAGAAAAAAUCAGCAGAAUCAACUCAAGAGCAUCUGUAUGAGGUCAUAGCAUUAACAAUCGAUUGUAAACCUGAAGAGCCAAAAAGAAGAGGACGUAGACCUCAUUCAGCACCAGCGAUGGAUGGAGAAAAAAAAGAAGAACCAAUUGGACAAGGUUCUAAUGGAAAAAGAUGCCAACAUCGAACAAGAAAACCACCUCCUGCUCCUCCUCCGUAUCAGGAUAUAGAUAAGAAAGAAAAAGCAGGAAUUUCAAAGCAAAAAAAUUCCCAAAAACAAGGUCCAAAUCAACGAAUGAGUGUCCUUGAGAGGGAAAAUAAUCAUAAAAUAGCUCUUAAAGUUGAGGGAGUGGAGACUAAUGGAGUAUCUACGACAUCUGACGAGUCUUCUCCAGGUGUUCCACUUCCUAAUGCCAAAAGACUGAGAUGUGCGAGUGUCCCUGUAGCUGAUAACAAAAUGGUAGUGCCUAGAAGUGCUGUUUCGUUGCCUUGUAUGCCGAUUAAAGAUAGUAAAGAGACUCUUGGUGUUGAUCUUGUUGCUACUGUUAGACCACCUAGUCCUCCUUCUACCAGACCUAGCAGUCCGGUUUCAAGUAUAGACUCUGAUAACCUUACUUCUGAGUGUUCGGGAUGGGUUAGCAGUGGAGAUACUUCUAGUUCUGAAAAUAAACGGGCAGGUGAGAAAAUCAAGUCAAAUAAAGUCCCAUUGAGAAAAGAUAAAAAGGAUCAAACAAAAAACGAACUAACUGAAAAUUCUUACGAAGAAGUAAGACUACCACCACCAAAGAUGUUUCAAGAUGAACCACCACCUCCUGAGGCAUUCAGAGAUCCAGCGCCAGUUCCAAUGGUAGACAAUCCGCUGUAUCACGUUUAUGAGACAGUGAAAAGAGCCAAGAGUCCAAAACAAAAUAAAACUGCACCUUGUAGUCCCCAGAGAAGUCGUGAAAGAAUUGAAAGAGAGCGAGAAAAUGUCUAUGGCACUCGAGACUUUUGUCUUGACUGUUAUCAAGAAGGUAAGGAACUGCUCCAAUCUACCCAAGAUGAUGCGAUAAAUUUCAAGAAAUGUAAAGAAGAAUUCAAAAGACAAAUGAAUUUUCCUGGAAAAAUUUACAGUGACUAUCCAAACGUUGCGAGCAGUCUACCUUACUUCUACAUCAGCGACGAAUACAGAUUAUUCUCUCCUGAAGGCCCACACCUCAUUAUUUGCGUUCACGGACUGGAUGGUAAUGCAGCUGAUCUGAGACUCGUUAAAACGUAUUUGGAACUAGGUUUACCAGGCGCACAUUUAGACUUUUUAAUGUCAGAAAGGAACCAGGGCGAUACUUUUUCUGACUUUGACACUAUGACUGAUCGACUAGUAGAGGAAAUUCUUCACCACAUUGACACAUCAGGACUCAACCCAACAAAAGUCAGUUUCAUCGGCCACUCACUGGGGACCAUAAUAAUUCGCAGUGCUCUGACAAGACCACAACUGAGGCCAUUGUUAUCAAGACUUCACACUUUCCUCAGUCUAAGUGGACCACAUCUAGGAACUUUGUAUAAUACAAGUGGCCUCGUCAAUGCUGGUAUGUGGUUUAUGCAAAAAUGGAAAAAGUCUGGAUCUCUGCUCCAGCUAGCAAUGAAAGAUUCAUCAGACGUCAGGAGAUCUUUCAUGUUUCGAUUAAGCCAGAAGAGCAAUCUCCAGAGGUUUAAGCAUGUUCUACUUUGUGGAAGUGCUCAGGACAGAUACGUUCCACUUCAUUCAGCCAGAAUCGAACUUUGCAAAGCUGCGGUUCGAGACCCCACUGACCAAGGUACUGCAUACAGAGAGAUGGUACACAAUGUACUUUAUCCUAUAAUGUCUACUCAAGGUGUUACUCUAGUCCGGUAUGACGUACAUCAUGCUCUACCACCAACAGCGAACGCUUUAAUCGGUCGCGCCGCUCACAUUGCCGUCCUCGACUCAGAACUUUUUAUUGAGAAGUUUCUUCUCGUCGCAGGACUCAAGUACUUUAGAUAAAAAAUAAAAAAAAAUUUAAAUAAAGCAACAAAAAGAUUGACACAAUACAAGAAAAUAUACCAAGAGAUAAAAUAUAAUUAAAUUUAUUAAUUUAUUAAAUGAGAUUAAUAAAUUAAUGAUGAUUAUUCUAAUAAUAAUUAAUUAUUAUAGUAUCUAAAACCAAAACCUAUCAGACAAAUAUGAUGUCAUUUUUUAUAAUUUUUUUUCUAUUACUCUAUGUGUAGAU